AUGUCAGACCUCAAACUCGAUCCGGAGGAUGGCUUGGCCGUCCAGGACUUGUCCACCUUGGAUGUGUCCAAAUUGACUCCAUUGACUCCGGAGGUGAUUAGCAGACAAGCAACCAUGAAUGUCGGGACCAUUGGUCAUGUGGCACAUGGAAAGUCUACAGUUGUGAAGGGGCUCUCUGGAACUCACACAGUGAAGUUCAAGGCCGAGAAAGAGCGUAACAUUACCAUCAAGCUUGGCUAUGCCAAUGCCAAAAUCUAUAAAAAGCAGUCGCCUGAAGAAGAUGAGGACCACCCGUACACGUCACGUGGUAGCAGUGCACCGGAUGUCCUGGAGGAUGACUACAGGUUGGUGCGUCACGUGUCCUUCGUGGAUUGCCCGGGCCACGACAUUCUCAUGGCCACAAUGUUGAAUGGAGCAGCUGUGAUGGAUGCUGCGCUCUUGGUCAUCGCAGGAAAUGAGACGUGCCCUCAGCCCCAGACCUCUGAGCACUUAGCUGCUGUUGAGAUUAUGCGCUUGAAGCACAUCAUCAUCCUUCAGAACAAGGUGGAGUUGAUCAAGCAACAAGAGGCUGAGUCGCGCUAUGAGGAGAUUAAGAAGUUCGUGGCAGGCACAGCGGCAGACUCCUCACCGAUCAUUCCAAUCAGUGCAGUGUUGAAGUACAACUUGGACGUGAUUUGUGAGUACCUCUGUACGCAAGUGCCUAUUCCUCCGCGAGACUUCACCUCGAACCCGGUGAUGAUCAUUAUCCGAUCGUUCGAUGUGAAUAGGCCUGGUGAGGAGGUGGUAGAUUUGAAGGGUGGCGUUGCCGGUGGCUCCAUUCUGAAGGGCGUCCUCAAGAUGGGAGAUGAGAUUGAGAUUAGACCUGGUAUCGUCACAAAGGACGGCGAAAAUGUGCAGUGCCGUCCAAUUCGCAGUCGUAUCAUGUCUCUCCUAGCUGAGAAGAAUGCUCUACAGUUUGCUGUACCGGGUGGUUUGAUCGGUGUCGGCACCAAGAUCGACCCCAAGCUCACACGCGCAGACAAGCUGGUUGGCCACGUGUUGGGCCAUCCUGGAAAGUUGCCAAGCAUCUAUACAGAGAUUGAGGUGAAGUUCUACUUGCUGCGACGUUUGUUGGGCGUGAAGACCGAAGGUGAUGGCAAAGCCGGUAAGGUCGCCAAGCUCAAGAAGGGUGAGAUCCUGAUGGUGAACAUUGGAUCCACGGCAGCUGGUGGCCGAGUACUGGGCAUCAAAGAGGAGACGGACUUUGCUAAAAUCACACUGACCAAUCCUGUGUGCACACAGGAUGGCGACAAGGUUGCGCUGAGCCGAAGGAUUGAUAAGCACUGGCGGCUCAUUGGUUGGGGCAGUAUCGCAAGAGGCACCACCAUCAAGCCGAUGAGCGACUAA